AUGCAAGACCAACUACAGAAGCUGCGUGGGGUCCUCACUAACAGUUUUAAUGAUACUCGAAAUCGAUUCGGCCCUUCUGCAUGUGCGGUGUUGAAUUCCUCCAUCACUCCUGCUGAGAAAGAAGUCCUCCUUGAAGACCUUCAGCUGGAGACGCCUGCAACUCGUAUUGUGUAUAUAACGCCUGAACAAAUAUCAUCAGAAGUAUUCAAAAAUAACAUCCUACAGAGAGUAGCGGCCAACAACACUCUCCUGUAUGUUGCCAUAGAUGAAGCCCAUUGUAUUUCGCAAUGGGGUCAUGACUUCCGACCGGCUUAUAGACGUCUGCAAAUCUUCCGAAAUUUGUGCCCGAAUGUACCACUGUUGGCGUGUACGGCUACUUCAACGCCCAAGGUCAGAGACGAUGUCAUCAAAAGCUUGG